GCGAGUUCUUGAUAAUAGGUCAAAAUUAUUGUAAUUGAGCGUAUUUUUGCUUAAAAAAUACGUUAUUAAUUCGUAUAAUUCAAUAUUUUGGUUACAAUUUACGUAUAUUUAGGUAUGAUAUAUAGACAUAAGUUUUAGUUCAACUUUCAGCCUGAAGCAUUGCCAUCCAAGAUGGCCCUACUCGUAAAAAAUGUCAUCAAAACGGCCACCACCAAGGUUCCAAAAUACACCGUACCUCAGCUGAGUAAAUCUUUAACCGGAAUUUUCGCUCAACAGAGACGUUUCGAAAGCAAGCAAACCUCUCAGACGCCGCAGUCGCAGCAGUCUUGGCGACCGGAGGACGAUCCGUGGCAAUCAGAUUUCCGGGGCGAAAUAGAAACUCACAAAUGGUCUCCAGAUUUGCAAUAUAUGGGCGCGAACGCAGGCCCUUAUCUACAUUACAACGGUUCCGAGCGCGAGUGGAAGGUUACAACUUGGACGGACGAGUUGAGAGACCAUAAUCUCGAAGAAAUGUUAUUAUUGGAGAAGAAAGUACGUAACUGUACGUUGAAUUUCGGUCCUCAACAUCCGGCUGCUCACGGUGUACUGAGAUUGAUUUUAGAAUUGGAAGGAGAAAUUGUUACUGUGGCCGAUCCGCAUAUCGGUUUGCUUCAUCGAGGCACCGAGAAACUCAUGGAGUAUAAAACGUACACGCAGGCGUUACCUUACAUGGAUCGUUUGGAUUACGUUUCGAUGAUGUGUAACGAGCAAUGUUACGCGUUGGCUGUUGAAAAGCUAUUGAAUAUCGAAGUGCCUAUCAGAGCGAAAUAUAUAAGAACUUUGUUCGCCGAAAUUACUCGUAUUUUGAAUCAUUGCAUGGGUAUUGGUACCCAUAUCCUGGACGUUGGUGGAAUCACGCCAUUCUUUUGGUUAUUCGAGGAACGUGAGAAGAUGAUGGAAUUCUACGAACGUGUUUGCGGAGCUCGUAUGCACGCUGCUUAUGUUCGCCCUGGAGGCGUUUCGCAGGAUAUACCUUUGGGCUUACUCGAUGACAUUUACCAUUUCAUUCAGUUCUUUUCGCAUCGAUUGGACGAAGUCGAAGAUUUAAUCACGAAUAGCCACGCUUGGAUCGAAAGAACCGUCGAUAUCGGAAUCAUCUCUGCUGAAGAUGCCCUAGAUAUGGGUUGCAGCGGCGUCAUCUUAAGAGGCAGUGGUAUAAGAUGGGAUAUUAGAAAGGCGAAACCGUACGACGCCUAUGACUUGGUCGACUUCGACGUGCCAAUCGGACGCAAAGGCGACUGCUACGAUAGAUAUUUAUGCCGUAUGGAAGAAAUGAGGCAAUCUUUACGUAUCAUCGAACAAUGCCUCAAUAAAAUGCCCCCCGGUGAAAUCAAAACCGACGACCAUAAAGUAUGCCAUCCCUCCAGAGGCGAAAUGAAGAACUCCAUGGAAGCUCUAAUCCAUCAUUUCAAGUUAUUCACCCAAGGCUAUCAGGUACCUCCUGGAGCCACUUACACCGCUAUCGAAGCUCCUAAAGGUGAAUUUGGUCUGUACAUGGUUGCUGACGGUAGCUCGAAACCGUACAGAUGUAAAAUCAAAGCCCCCGGAUUCGCUCAUCUUGCCUGUUUGGAGAUGAUGACCAAAGGAUCCUUCUUACCCGAUUUAGUAGCUGUCAUCGGUACAUUGGAUGUCGUAUUCGGUGAAAUUGAUCGUUAAUGUGCUAGUCGCUUUUCUUCUCUACCUUCAAAAAGCAUUUUUAGUGUAUCGUAAUUUAUUCACACGUGAUACGAAUCGAUGAUUUAUACGUGUCUUGAUUCACGUGGUAUCAUUUUCAUCUUCCGAGUAGAAAAAAACAAAAGAAAAUACGAAGGGAAGAAUUUCAUCUUUCGAAGCCUGUUUUAUUUUUAUUUUAAUAUUUUUUUUUUCGUUGUUGUGAUAAAUAUUGUAAAAUAAAUAACGUUACUUAUUCGAGUAA